UGAUUCGUAACUUGUUGUUGCGGAUUGAUUGUUGAUUUUCUGGUUUAUCGAUUUGUAAACUUCGUUAUUCAAAUCGAUCGGAAAGUUAUAUUGAUUCUCUGGGUUUUGAGUUAUUGAUCAUCUCUCUGGGUUUUGUGUUUGGUUCAUUCGAUUGCGUUAAACCUUAACAUUGGUGCGGUGAAACUGGUUCGUUACGUGUGUUGAUCAUGGAUCGCGAUGGAUCUGAUGUGUUUGAAGAAGAUACGGGUUCUUCUGAUGCAAUAUAUGUGCAGAUGAGGAAUUUGCGUUUGGGUUUUCAGGGUUUGUGUGAAGCGAAGGUGGAGACGGAGUCUAAGCUUGUGUCGUUGGAAGAGUUGCUCAAAUCGGUGGUGAAAACGUUGGAUCGUUUGGAGAUUCGAGCUGGAAAACACGUUGAUGAUGGUGAGCCUUCCCGACAGUCGUUUUCGGGUCAGAUUCUUCCUGAUCUCCACUCGUCGGAAACUCGAUCAUCGGGGUUACCUCUGGAAACUCGCGAAAAUCUGUUAAAAAAAAUUAAGAUGCCUGUGUUUACUGGAUCGCAGCCGUAUGCUUGGAUUUCACAGGUGGAGCGUUUUUUUCGGGUGGGUCGUUUUAGCGAUGCGGCUAGGUUGGAUUUGGUUUCCUUAAGUUUGGAAGGGGAUGUGUUGAAAUGGUUUAACUGGGAGGUUUCGCGUCGUGAUUUUGGGUCUUGGGAGGAGUUUAAGAAUCGUUUGUUGAUUCAUUUUGGGGGUACGAUUGAUGAUGAACCGGGGAAUAGACUAUUUGCCAUUAAACAGGUAGGAUCAGUGGCUGCAUACAUCACUGAAUUUCAGGAUUUAUCUUCUCAAGUGAUGGGGUUGGAUGAUACACACUUGGAGAAAAUUUUUUAUAAUGGUCUUAAGCAUGAGAUGAAGGAGGUGAUCAAAAUGAAAGAACCUAAGGGACUUCCAAAUCACAUUACAGCGGUGUUGAAAAUGGAAUCAAGCUCUUUUUGCAAAUUGGUUGGUGAAACUGGUGAAGGAAAGAAGCAACAAAGUCAGCCUAUUCCUCCACCUGCACGGCCAGUGUUUACUUCCAAUGCUCCUAAACCAGUAGGGAUUCCUCAAAGUUCUUCUAUUGGGAAGUCUCCAGAGAGCAGUCCAAAGCCUCUGGGUCGUCCGCGUAUACGCCAUAAUGAUGCAGAGUUGGAUGCUAUGCGCAGUAAGGGCCUUUGUUUUAAAUGCAAGGGCCAGUAUUUCAGAGGGCAUGAAUGUCCUAUGCGUGAGUUGCGUGUGAUGACAGUGGUUAAUGGUUAUGAAUUAGAAGUGUUGGAGGAGAAUAUGAUCGAGUGCACUGAAGAAGAAGGGGUGUUGGAUAUGGCACCUGUCACUGAGUUGAAGACUUUGUCUUUCAAUUCUUUCAUGGGGUUGCAUUCUCCCCGGACUACCAAGUUGGUGGGAUGGAUUGGUAAGCACAGGGUAAUUCUCAUGAUUGAUUGUGGGGCUUCCCACAAUUUCCUUACUCCUGCUUUGGCUCAAAAAUUGAAACUGCAAGUUACACCUGAUGCAAGUUUGGAUAUCCUGUUGGGAAAUGGAGCUAUUGUUCAGGGGUUAGGGGUUUGUAAAGGAGUACAUUUUCAGUUGUCUGGCGUUGGAUUCACAAAUGAUUUCAUCACACUGGAGUUGGGGAGUGUUGAUGUUAUUCUUGGAGUUCAAUGGCUGGAAACAUUGGGAAAAUGUGAAGUAGACUGGAAAUUGCAGGAAUGGCGAUUUAUGUAUAAUGGGGAACCAGUACUCUUGCAUGGAGAUCCUACUUUACAUAGGUCUCCCCUGUCUUUGAAAAGGUUAGGUGCACCUCUUGCUGUUGGACAUACUAAGACUCAGUUGGCUGUGCUGAAGGGGAGUGAGCCUCCAGCCCCUGUUUCUUUGGUACCUCCUGCAGUAGAUGAGUUGUUGCAUCAGUUUCCUUUUGUGUUUGCUUUGCCUUCUGGGUUACCACCAUUGCGUGGUCAGGAGCAUGCAAUCACUCUUUAUCCUGGUGUCACUUCUAUCUAUGUCAGGCCCUACCGUUAUCCUCAUGCCAGGAAAGAAGUAAUGGAGUCAUUGGUAGGGGAUAUGCUGACUUCUGGGAUCAUACAACCUAGCACCAGUCCUUUCUCCAGCCCAGUGUUAUUGGUCAAGAAGAAAGACGGCUCUUGGCGAUUUUGUGUUGAUUACAGAGCCCUCAACAAAGUGACAGUCCCGGAUAAGUUUCCUAUUCCGGUUAUUGACCAGUUGUUGGAUGAACUGAAUGGGUCUACUAUUUUUUCCAAGCUUGAUUUGCGAUCCGGGUAUCAUCAAAUAAGGAUGAAGCCGCAAGAUGUGGAGAAAACAGCUUUCAGAACACUUGAGGGGCACUAUGAAUUUCUUGUGAUUCCUUUUGGUUUGACAAACGCACCAGCUACCUUUCAGGCACUCAUGAACAAGAUUUUCAAACCAUUUCUCCGGAAGUUUGUUUUGGUUUUUUUUGAUGAUAUCUUGGUCUUCAGUAACAACCUCACUUCUCAUGUGGAGCAUCUCCGGUUGGUGCUGCAGUUACUGGAGAAGCAUGUGUUAUUUGCCAACAAGAAGAAAUGCUCUUUUGGUGUCUCACAUGUUGAGUACUUGGGACAUAUUAUUUCUCGGCAGGGUGUGGCUACAGAUUCCACCAAAACCGAAGCUAUGCGAUUGUGGCCAACACCAACUAAUGUGAAACAACUCAGAGGGUUUUUAGGCCUGACAGGGUAUUACAUAAAGUUUGUUCAGGGGUAUGGGGUCAUUGCUAAGCCAUUGACUGACUUGUUACGCAAAGACCAGUUUGAGUGGACUCCUCCAGCUCAACAAGCGUUUGAGAAGCUCAAAGUUGCCAUGGUGUCUGCUCCAGUGCUUGGUUUGCCUGAUUUUUCUCAAAAAUUUGUAGUGGAGACUGACGCCUCUGGUGUGGGAGUGGGGGCGGUGUUGAUGCAGGCAGGCAGACCUCUGGCAUACUUCAGUCAUGGUUUGACACCCAGGGAGCAACUCAAGCCAGCCUAUGAAAGAGAACUAAUGGCCAUUGUGCUAGCCGUCUUGAAAUGGAAACACUAUCUCAUUGGCAGGUGUUUUGUCGUUCAUACAGAUCAAAGGAGCCUCAAAUACUUACUGGAGCAGAAGGAAGUAAGUAUGGAGUAUCAGAGAUGGUUAACCAAAUUGUUGGGGUUUGAUAUGGAGAUUUUUUACAAGCCUGGGGUUGAAAACAAGGCUGCUGAUGGGUUGUCUCGGAUGCCUCAGCCUGUGUUGUGUUCUUCUCUGUCAUUGCUAGCACUCACUGUUCCAGCAGUGCUACAACUACAAGACAUCUACAAAGAGAUUGAGGAGGAUGCCACAAUACAAGCUCAGAUUGCUUUGGUGCAAACCAAUCCAGACAAAUAUGUGAAUCAUCAAGUGCAACAGGGUAAACUUUGGUACAAGAAACGUCUGGUUAUCUCUAAACAGUCUAAAUUCAUUCCAUUACUAUUACAAGAGUAUCAUGACAGUAAGCUUGGGGGUCAUGCGGGUAUUUUGAAGACAAAGAAACGGAUUCACACUAUGUUUCACUGGGAAGGGUUACAGAAGGAUGUUCAGAAACAUGUAUCAGAAUGUGAGGUUUGCCAGACACACAAAUCAACUACUUUGUCACCUGCAGGGUUGUUACAACCUCUUCCCAUUCCAGACCGAGUUUGGGAAGACUUAUCAUUGGAUUUUAUUGAGGGGCUGCCCAAAUCUGGAGGUGUCAAUGCUAUUCUGGUAGUGGUUGACCGUUUCAGCAAGUGUGCACAUUUCGUGGGGCUAUCACAUCCUUUUUCAGCUUCUGAUGUUGCUCAUAAGUUUGUCACUGAAGUGGUUCGUCUUCAUGGCUUCCCAAAGACUUUGGUGUCUGACCGUGACAGAGUGUUUUUGAGUUCUAUGUGGAAGGAGUUGUUUAAACUGGCUGGGACCAAGCUGCAGUACAGUACAGCAUAUCAUCCCCAAUCCGAUGGUCAGACGGAAGUGCUUAACCGUUGCUUGGAGUCUUAUUUGCGCUGUUUUGCUUCUCAACACCCACGCACAUGGGCUAAGUACCUGGCUUGGGCGGAAUUUUCUUACAAUACAUCCUAUCAUUCUGCCCUGAAGACAUCACCCUUCCAGGUGGUUUAUGGGAGAGACCCUCCUACUGUCCUCCGUUUUGAGCAGGGUUCUACUGCCAACACUACUCUGGCAGCUCAGUUGCAAGAAAGAGAUGCAAUGUUGGCCAAGAUUAAGGUGAAUUUGGAACGAGCACAACAGUUGAUGAAGCGCAGUGCGGACUUGAAACGCAGAGAAGUGGAGUUUGCAGUAGGGGAUUGGGUUUACUUGAAACUCCAACCGUAUCGGCAACAGUCUGUGACUCGCCGGGUCUGUCAGAAACUGGCUGCCAAAUUUUUUGGUCCCUUUGAGGUUAGUGAGAGAAUUGGGAAGGUGGCUUACCGCCUAAAGCUUCCUCCAGCGGCGGCUAUCCAUCCAGUGUUCCAUGUUUCGCAGUUGAAAGCAUCCUUGGGGUCUCAUCACCAGCUCCAAACAGACUUACCAGCUCUUACGGAUGCAGAGGAUUCCGUGUUACUGCCUGCGACGAUCUUGGAUAUGCAACACAAUGCUACGGGUGGUCGCGAGGUCUUGGUUCAGUGGUCUGGGUUUCCGGAUGUUCCAAACUCAUGGAUGCUAUCUAAAGACUUCGUCCAACAAUACCCAUCCUUCAAGCUUGAGGACAAGCUUGUUUUUCAGGGGGGGUGUAUUGAUACGAUCCAUCAAGGCUACUAUCGGAGGAAUAAGAAGAAGAAGACAGAUGACGUGGCAAUAAAUGAGUCGUGAAGCAAAGCCUUGGAAUGAAGUGGAGGGUUCGUUUUGUCAAACGUCUAUAAAAGAGCCGUUGCUCUGUAUCUAUCUUUUCUCAUGCUUUUAUUGUGAUUGUGUGUGUGUGACGAGCCUGCGUGCUUGUGAGGGAAGAUCUGUGUGAGAUCGACCUCGGAGAUUGAUUCGUAACUUGUUGUUGCGGAUUGAUUGUUGAUUUUCUGGUUUAUCGAUUUGUAAACUUCGUUAUUCAAAUCGAUCGGAAAGUUAUAUUGAUUCUCUGGGUUUUGAGUUAUUGAUCA